CCAGAAUAUUUUUGGACACAAUUUUUGAAAAUGUCUGAUGUUUUUUUUGUCAUGGAUAAAAUCUUAACCAAAUGGGAUCGCAAACAAGAAAUAGUUGAUCUGUGGCAUUCCUUAGCCUAUCGGGCCAAAUCAAGACCGAAAUCUAAAUCAUAUGCCUUGAAUGUGAAAAAUAAAAUUGGCCCCGUAAAACGGAAAAGAGAUGCUUCACUUCAAGCUUGGAAAAACUCCCUUGGGCCUUCAUCACAAACUGUGCCUUGCCACAACAUAUGGAAACCAGCAAAUACUUCGGUAACUUACAGGAGAUCUUUUUCAAAUGAUGCCAUACACUUGGGUGCAAAGGACUGGAAUUGUUCCAACUAUUCUGGAAAUUGUACCAAACAAAACUCUAAACCCCUUCGUAGGUAUCAGAGUUCCCCUAUUAUGGUUCGACCUGCUACCCCUAUAAGACCCUCUGCAUGCUCACCCUUGAAAAACUUCAGUUGCCAAACACAAAUGGAAAGAAGUCAAAGUGAUAAAAUUGAUAAUAUUAAAGAAUCUAAAACAUCACGAGAAACUCCUCCAGUGACUUCUUCAAAUGUUCCAAUUUUCUGUUUAAAAUCUUAUUUAACGAAUUACACAAAAUUGGGGGUGAAUGGGUUUGAAGAAUUACGGAAGAUAGUAAAGCAGGGGGCUGAAUUUGCCAAAGAUGUCGCAAAUAUUAUGCAAGAAAGAGCUGACAUAGAGACAACGUAUGCAAAGGGAUUAAGCCGACUCAGUUCAAAGAUCAUGAAGCUGUCUUCUAAUUCCAGCGGAAGUCUGACUGACGGCUGGAAAGCUACUUCUGUUGAAAUGGAUCAUGAAUCUGAAUUCCACAAGCAACUCAGUCGGGCAUUAUGGGAUGAAAUAUCUAAACCCCUAAAAACGUGGGUAGAAACACAACAGAAAACCCGUCGGCCGAUUGAAGCAAUGGUGGAGAAAGCUGUCCGUCAGUUGGCAGAUCGCAGAAACGAUGAAUACAAAACCAAAAAGAACGCCUUUAGUAUGUCGAGAGAUUUAGAAAAAUUUGAGGAGCAACUUGCAGAAGCCAGAGAUGGCAAAGGGAAAUACACAGACAGAGAUAUAACUAAGUUGGAGAAGAAGUGUCGGCAACAGUAUGACGUGGUACAGAAGUGUGACAAAGAAUACAGUGAAGCAUGCCAAAAGGCAGAAGCAGCUCGACAAGAAUGGGAUCUCAGCAUAUUAAAGGGUGCUGCUCAGAUGCAAGUUAUUGAAGAGGAUCGCAUCACCAAGAUGCAGGAAUUACUAAAGGUCUUUAACUCAAAUAUAUCACAACAGGGCCCGCAGUUGUCUCAGGUAAGUUCCUUCUUUACUUUGUGUAGGUUAAGAAGCUUGCUUUGCAACCGGGUGGUUUCCGGUUCAGUUCCCCUCUAUGGCACCUUGGGCAAGUGUCUUCUACUAAAGCCCCAGACCGACCAAUGCCUUGUGGAUGGAAACUGUGUGGAAACCAGUCAUGUUGACUUACUGCAUAGAGGCCCCAACGUAGGAGUCUCCGUGCCCGAGAGUAUGCGAGGGGUGGAGAAACUAUUGCAAGUGUAUAAAGACCGACCAAAUUUUGCAGAUGCUGAUGCACAAGACGAAGCAAAGAAUCGUUUGAUGCAGGUAACAUUUACACUGAACUUCCUUGAAGCCAGCCACUUGAAGAUAAACACUGCAUUAUCUGUGAUAAAUGGUCAGAGCAAACCAAAUCAUCGGUUUGUUCAAUAUAUAGAGACCUUAAAGGACAAACAGGGCAUUCCAACAUCAACACUUCGACUUCCUCUUAACGUAGCAUUAGAAGGUGGCACCUCAUACAUAGCCACUUCUAACAGCACGGGCAGUGUUGAGCAUUCUCCUCCUGUUUCACCGUUUGAUGAUUUCGACCAAGAAGAAUUUUCUGAUGACGAGUUUGACAAUAAUUAUGAGUAUCCAGGUAGUGUUGGCAGUACUGGACAAUGCCGAGUAAUGUAUGAUUACUCAGCGAACGCUGAUGAUGAGCUUGACAUCAAACUAGGUGACAUAAUCAAUGUUUACACUCGUCAACCUGAUGGCUGGUGGCAAGGAGAGUUACAUGGUAAAGUGGGGAUAUUCCCUGCAAACUAUGUGGAGGAGAUUUAACAGUUUUGUGCGUGCGUGCAUGUGUGUGUGUGACAGACUGAAAACUUUUAAAAGGAACAGAGCAAAAUUUUGGCUAAUUCUGGAGACCAGAUUUUUUUUUUUUAAGAAGAUAAAAACUUGAGUGGAAAAAAAAGAGCAAAAGACUGAAAGUGAAACACGAAGGGCAAAACUGAAGGGACUUCUUCCCUCACCUUACACAUCUCACACACAACCUGUGUUUGUGGAUCAGAAAUGAAGGACAAAACUACAUCAGCUACAGCAAUUGUCCUUUCAGCUUGUAUAUAGUGCUGCUACUACUACUACUAUUAUUCCUGUUACUACUACUACUACUACUACUCUAGUCAUAAUAGUUUUGACUUAAUUAUUUAUCGGACAAUGGAUAAAACAUGUCCGGUAGUUGAAAAAUAGUCUGACAUUGUUAUCGGACAAUUGAAUGUCCGAUAGUUGGCUGUUGUCUAUUCUAUUUGCUUUUUACAGUCAGACAGGAGUUGUUAAACAACUUCCUUCUUUUCUUCUUCUUUUUAAUUUAUUUUUACUUUUCUUCUUGACAAAUUCUCUGGUGAUGUCUUUGAUGAUACAAGCUCAUGCCAAACUAAAAUAAGAUACAGAGAGGCUUUGUCCAUCCGGCUCUCUCUCUCUCUCUCUCUCUCUAACUCACUCAUGUAUUGUUUGUCGAUCAAAACGAUCAAUGCUGUCCCUUACCAACAUAUGAGUCACUCACUCUUGUUACUCCCCACACAACUCCAGGCUGCUGUGAAUUUACUGUGAGCAGAAAGACCCCCCCCCACCACCACCACUCCUUUAUAUGCUCUGCUAUGGCAAUGGGACAUACUGGAUGGUAUUAUAUUAUUGUUUAAAUACUAGAUGGCCAACAAGCAUGUUUUCAAACUUCAAAAUCUUACUUUAGCCAUUGAGUCAUAACUCUCUCUGUUCAGCUAAUUAAACAAUGGGUCUUUCUCUUACUUAAAGAUUGAUUAGAUUAACGGUAACGAAAAGGCUUACCUGCUAACUCAAGAAAAUUGCUCCAACAACAUGCAACUAUUUGAAAAUAUUUUCACUCGUCUUAACAUUGAAAAAUAGAUAACAAACGCCACCUUUUUAUUGCUUGGCUGUAUUCAAAGUGCAGUUUAGCAGAUCUUGUAAUGGUGUUUUGCAAUUGGAAGUAUCAGGUUGGAGUUCACUUGAGUUAGUUAUCAUAGACUUAAACAGUCACAGAGACAACUUUGUUCCUGUCUAAAAUAUGGAGAGGCUCAAUCGUAUUAUAGACUUAUUUUCACCCACAGUUAGAACGUAGUCCUAAAACUGCACUACAGGCUAAGAGAAUCUUAACUUAAUCAUUUUAGGGAUUGUCUUCUCUCUGCUGCUGUUGAUUCUGUUGUUGUCAGUAAUAUUCUAAGACCUAGUUGAUGUGUAUUUUACUGUAACAGACUGCCUGGACUAUUGAGAAUUAGUGGAGAGAGAAAUUUCUUUGGAAAUAUAAAAUUUGAUCUGUGGAAUUCCACCUCUGAUUCACAGGCCAGCAAUAUUAACUAGAAAAAGUAUUCUAGAUAACCCUACAUAUCUGUCCUCUUAAAAAUAAAAUGACACAAACAUUCUGCUCUUCUGAACAUUGCCAAAACACCAAGAACAAAAAAAAAAGACUACAAAAUGACCACAAUCCUGUAUGUAAAUAGAAAGUCCCGACUGGCCAUGUGGUUGUUAGGACACAAUUGACUUCCUCAUGAUGCUGUUUGGAAGUCCCUCCGCUCUACAGGCUAAACACACAUUCACAGGAAAACAAAUGAAUAAAACCCUCAUCAAAUUUACUAUGUUCCCACCACACCUUUUUCUCUGGAUUUUGGGCCAUGGAUGGACACACAGCAAAGCACCAGCAAUAGGAGACUACACAAAAAUCACUGAAUGCUUUCAGCUGAAAAUUUUGGCAUCCUUAAUCCAAAACUCAGCCUGCUGUGACUGUUAUAUAUAUGUAUAUAUAUAAAGUAAAAUGAAAGCAAAAAAAAAAACAAAAAAAAACGUGCAUUGCAGAUUGCACAUUGCUGUUAUGGAAUCACGCAUAAGACUGAUGCAGUGACGUACUUUGUUAAUACUUAACAUUUUGGUUUUGGUGGUUCUCUUCACACAUUUUGGAGAUACACCAGAAGGAAUCUUUCAAGUUGGAUUACAAAACAAAAAAAAAACUUCUCAAAAUAAGAAAUUUUAAGCUUCUAAAUUUGUUAAAAUCUAAGUGAAUACUUAAUAAAGAGCAAUGGAAUUUUCCAGAGACUUUGAAAGCUCA